CUGAGACACUAACAUGACACGUGAGACUGAACAAAGAAUGAUAUUCGAAGCGGAGGCAGAGCGCGUUACGUGAUCAGGAGUGUUUGUCUUUCGGCAGUAAAAGUUGCUGGUAAAUUAUUAACAGAGCAACGCAGUCCCGUCCUGAUAAGGUUUUUAAAAGCCGCCGGAGCCAUACAGUGCUGCUGAGAAGUUGAAACGCCAUUUCUGGUUAUAUCUUUCACUAUAUUUUUCGAAAGGCAGGAAAAGACUGAACCAUGAGCUACGCUUGGUAUUUCUCAGCAGAGACCUGGACCCUGAUUUUAUUAUUAAUCACCUUAGUUAUCGCUUAUGGAUAUUGGCCUUUUGGAUUCUUUAAAAAGCUGGGAAUUCCAGGGCCAAAGCCCCUCCCAUUUAUUGGGACACUUUUGGAAUACCGCAAGGGCUUCUUCAAUUACGAUUUGGACUGUUUCCAAAAAUAUGGGAAAAUAUGGGGAAUAUAUGAUGGACGACAGCCUGUGUUGGCUAUUACGGACCCAGGAAUGGUCAAAACCAUACUAAUCAAAGAAUGCUACUCCUUCUUUACUAAUAGACGAAACUUUGGCCUCAGUGGUCCCCUGUAUGAUGCCAUCUCUCUCGCAGAGGAUGAGCAGUGGAAGAGAAUUCGCAGUGUGCUUUCUCCCUCCUUCACCAGCGGUCGUCUCAAGGAGAUGUUUACGAUUAUGAAGAAACAUUCCAGUACAUUAGUGAAGAACCUGAAGAAGACAGCUGACAAGGAUGAAUCGGUGGAAAUGAAAGAGUUUUUUGGUGCAUAUAGUAUGGAUUCUGUGACAAGCACAGCUUUCAGCAUUGACAUUGACUCUCUCAACAAUCCCAAAGACCCCUUUGUCACCAACAUCAAGAAAAUGCUGAAAUUCGAUUUUCUCAAUCCUCUUUUUCUCUUUGUUGCAUUUUUUCCUUUCAUGACGUCGCUGCUGGAGAAGUUGGAUUUCACCUUCUUUCCUUCCUCUGUGACUGAUUUCUUUUACGCCUCUCUUCAGAAAAUAAAGGCUGAACGUCAAACUAAAGUCCACAAAGAUCGAGUGGACUUCUUACAGCUGAUGGUGGACUCUCAGAUAACAGAAAAGGAAUGUAAUGAAAAUGAAGUAAAAGGACUGACAGACCACGAGAUCCUCUCUCAAUCCAUGAUCUUCAUCUUUGCCGGUUACGAGACCACCAGCAGCACUAUGUCAUUCCUGUCCUACAACUUGGCCACAAACCCUGAAGUCAUGAAAAGGCUACAAAACGAGAUCGAUGAGACUUUUCCCAAUAAGGCCCCAGUGACAUAUGACAAAUUGAUGGAAAUGGAGUACCUCGACAUGGUCUUGAACGAAUCCUUGCGGAUUUACCCCAUUGCAGGCCGUCUUGAGAGGGUUUGCAAAAAGACCAUUGAGAUUAAUGGGGUCAUCAUUCCCAAGGGAACUGUGGUCAUGAUCCCGACUUUUGCCCUACACCGUGAUCCCGAUGUUUGGACUGAUCCUGAGGACUUUGACCCAGAGAGGUUUAAUAAGAAGAACAAAGAGAGCAUAGAUCCAUACUCAUAUCUGCCUUUUGGAGCUGGGCCCCGCAAUUGCAUUGGAAUGAGAUUCGCUCUUAUCCUUGUGAAACUGGCUAUAGUUGAGAUCCUUCAGAACUUCGACGUUGUUGUGGGCAAAGAGACACCCAUACCACUUGAACUGGGCAUUCAAGGACUGCUUGCACCUAAAAGUCCAAUAAAACUGAAACUCAUCCCACGCUGAUGCUUCCAAGAUGCCAUUAAUAAUGAAAAGUGAAUGCAUAUAAAUGUAUAAAACCUACAUAUAUUUUGUUUGUCUGAGACAAAUUAACUGGUAUUUUCCCCAAUCAUUAGCCUAAUAUUAUAAGUAUAGCUAUACAAUGAAAAGACUCAUUCAAUGUAAUUUUCUGAAAAUAUUUCUUGAAAGUUUUAAGUUUUCUAAUAUUAUUUUUGUGUUUAUGUACUGUUGGGAUAUUUUCAUAUCUGUGUGUUUUCCUGGCAGUGUUUCACCAUGUGUCUGUGUUUUACACUCCAGUAACACCUUUAUGUUACUCUCAUACUUGUAAAAUUACCUAUUCUUCUAUGCUCUGUCCAGGACCACUGUCGAGUAGUUAAUAUUAGUAAUACUAAUUAUAUAUUGGGAUGUUCAGUUUUUAAGAAGAACUAACUCUGAAACGUGUUACUCAGUCUAUUUUUGAAAGAUCUCUCAAAUUAAAUAAGCAAUUGUUUUUAUGGAA